ACUAACAGAGGUUUUAUCCAAGAAAACGAUAUACAGCUUCGUUUUAUCAGUCCAAUAAAUUAAACCACACACCUAAUUAACCCUCGUCAUCCAUACAAUUCCGGCGACGCACCGGUCACUCACCGUCAAUCAUCCGUUUACUCCACACAUCACAGUGCAAGUUUCGUUCUUCAUAAUUGCGAUUUUCAAACUAGUUUAAACUCAAGAAUUUUGUAAUUGUGAGUCUGAAAUCCGCUUUGAGUCUUGACAAACCGGAUGAUGAAUUCUAUAAGGAAACUAGUUUCAUGUGUGAUCCUUGACUUGGAUGGAACACUUGUAAAUACAGAUGGCAUUGUGAGUGAAGUUUUGAAAGUUUAUUUGGUUAAAUACGAGAAGAAAUGGGAUGGGAGAGAGGCCCAAAAGAUUAUUGGGAAAACACCUAUAGAAGCCGCAGCCGCCAUUGUUGAGGAUUACGGACUUCCUAUGUCAAAAGAAGAUUUGCUUUCGGAAAUUUCCCCGAUGUUCUCUGAUCAAUGGUGCAAACUUAAAGCACUACCAGGUGCUUAUCGUUUGAUUAAACAUUUGAGAGGCCAUGGAGUGCAAAUGGCAUUGGCUUCUAAUUCUCCGAGAGAUAGCAUCGAAAAAAAGAUCAGUUAUCAUCCUACAUGGAAAGAAUCCUUUGCAGCCAUUAUUGCUGGUGAUGAGGUAAAAGCAGGAAAGCCAUCUCCUGAAAUAUUCCUGGAAGCAGCAAAGAGGCUUAGCAUUGAUCCUUCCAAAUGUCUUGUCAUCGAAGAUUCACUACCAGGUGUUGUAGCCGCUAAAGCUGCUGACAUGGAAGUGGUUGCUGUACCAUCUCUUCCAAAGCAGUCCCAUCUUUACACUGCAGCCGAUGAAGUGAUCAAUUCACUUCUUGACCUACGUCUUGAAAAGUGGGGCCUACCUCCAUUUGAAGAUUGGAUAGAUGGUACGUUACCCUUAGAACCUUGGCAUAUUGGUGGUCCUGUUAUCAAAGGAUAUGGUCGGGGCUCAAAGGUGCUUGGAAUACCAACAGCUAAUUUAUCAGUAGAAGGGUAUGGAUCAGUCCUCUCGGAACAUCCUGCUGGUGUUUAUUUUGGUUGGGCCAAGUUAUCAACGCGGGGUUUUUACAAGAUGGUUAUGAGCAUUGGUUGGAACCCGUACUUUGAUAACACCGAAAAGACCAUAGAACCAUGGUUGCUUCAUAAGUUUGAUGAGGAUUUCUAUGGAGAGGAAUUACAUCUCGUUAUUGUUGGCUAUAUUCGCCCCGAGGCCAACUUCCCAUCACUUGAAAGCCUCAUUGCAAAAAUACAUGAAGACGGUAAAAUUGCGGAGAAUGCACUUGAGCUUCCUAUAUACGCCAAGUACAAAGAUGAGACAUAUUUCAAAAGUAUUCACAACAAUCAUUUAUGACAUUGAUUUUUUAAGGAGGAUGUUUCAAUUUAAGAUUUUAAGAUUUAAAAAAACUGUAAUCUGGACUACGAAGAAUGAUGCAAAAUAAUUUGAUGUUUAUUGGGACUUGAAAGCAUCAUGAUAAUCGCUUUUUUGAGACA